UCACCCUCUAAUCUGAACAUGAACCUGUAUGCCACGAAGAAGACAGCAGCUGAGGGCAUGUUGGACAUCGCUCUGUUCCUGGCUAACAUCACACACAUGAAGACCGUCAUUGAACAGGGAGCUGGAUACAGGUACUACGCUGCUGUCCUGACGCUCAUCUCUUUCUCCCUGGCUCUCCAGAUAGUGGCUGGAGUCCUGAUCAUCAUCAUUGCCCGCAGGGACCUAAAUGUGGUGUCCAAUCAGAAACGACUCGACUACCUGAACAACCUUGCUACAGGCGUCAUCUUCGUCACCACGGUGGUUAACUUCUUCGUCAGCUUCUUCGGAUCCAAAAGGACUGGCUUCUUCCGCUGGCUGCUGGCUCGACUCCACUUCUGA